AUGGAAACGGAAAACAAGAAGGAAAACUUGUUCGACGCCAUUCAGCAUUACGGUCCGUCUGAUGCGGCAGAAAACUUGUUACACUGGCUGCAUUUGCCAUCAGCACAGCUUGCAGGGCUGAUCACUCUGACCGGAGCUCCAAGAUCAGGCAAAACCACGGCGCUGUACGAGCUGUGCCGUGUGUGUUUGCCAUUCGACACUCCAGGAGGCGAGAACAAGACGGUUCUGGUUCUGGAUCUCGACAGCUCAUGGACGAAAAACAACGUCAUCAACUACUUUGUGCUGGAUCAAUCCACUGGUCUGGGUGAAAAUGUGCUUGCCAGUUAUAUUCGCCAGAACCUCGUGAUUGUGAAAACCACCUUCGACCAGCUCGCCACCGAGCUGCAAUCAGACACAAUCAUCGGACACAUUGAAAAGUCAAACAACAGCUCGAAAAUCAGAUACGUGAUCGUGGACUCUUUCUCCACCGGGCUGAAUGGACCUCCUGACGCUCAUAAGAAGGCUGCCUACGACGCCACCAUCGUGAAAAUCGUUCACAAUGCUCUGGAAACACAAAAGAUUCUUCAGAUCCAUAUUGCAUUCACGUUUCUGUACACCACCUUCACAGAUCUCCCCGAAGACGACAAGACUCCCCUAAAACCAGACGAGAUCAUGUCUCGACUCCCGUACAUCAUUCCCGAGCUGGCCUCGGUCAUCAUUGCACUAAUCUUCUUCGACAAGAUCAAACAACAGGUGGAAAUCUGGACGCUUUCGGGAAUCGUCCGUCGUCAAUACUGGAACUUUGCCAGUGACCAGAAAGAGGAAGAAGACACCUGUGAGCUCUUUGAUUUCGAGACCAGUGAUGAAGAAUCUGAAGAGCUUAGCACGUGUUUGUCGCAGCGGGUUUGCAUUUGA